AUGCCUUUGUUAAUCCCCGAAUACAACUCUGUCCCUCUUCCAGACGAAACAGACCAAUCAGAUGACACCCUAGAUGAAGGUGACGUAUCCACCUUAGAGCUCUGCUCGCAGCAGACUUCAUCAAACGACACUGCCUCCAACUUGCGUGGCCCUGGCAGGACGCUUGGACGCCUUUACUCACGUGGCGGACGUGCUCUUGAAGCAGUUAUUGGACGGGCCGCACAUAGAAGUGGAUUUGGUCCUAAGGCGGUGGCUUCUCGAAUUAGACGUAUAGAGCUUAAGAGAAUAAGAUUUUCAGGAGACAAUGAACUCGAUAGGGAGAGUCAAGUUCGACGUGUCGUACGAUGGACAGUGAAGGACGGAAGCGAAGCAAAGCUUCGUUCGGACUGCCAGAAACUCGCAAAAUACGCCACCGCAGAGAUAUGGGAAACGAGAUUCGAGGCACUAGUUCAGAUCAUUCAGGUAGUCACAGCGGAGCCACGUCUACGCGCCUUCUUCAAUACACCACCGAUCCUGCUCGAUUUGAGGGCCGCUGCACAAACAUCGAACAUCUCAGUACAGGGAUCAACACACUGGGAAGACGGACUGAGGAGACAUCGAGUGACGAAGGCCCUUGCAAAACAGGCAUUCUUUGUCGUUGAGGAUAAUCCUUUGAAUGACAUUAUCGAAGACUUCCUCCGUAUGUUGUUUAUACAAGAAGAUUCUCAAAUACUGGAGCUCGAGAAAUGCGAUCUGAUCGUGGCGGGGCUUCUUGAAUACUGCAGGUAA